AUGGAAUAAAUGUCUUUCUCUUAGUACAUGAAUCUUAAUUUGAUGAAAUCACUGAAUUAGAAAUUUGCAUUUUAGCUAAGAUUUCAGGGGAAAGUGUUUAAUUUUGGAAUAUGCUCUUAGAGAAAGGAAUCGUUUAACAAUUACUCAAAUUAGCACCAUGCUAUUAGUGGAAUAAUCCUGAUGUUUUACAUCAAUAGUAUUGACUAACUUAGCCAAAUAACAACAUAUUUCAAAUAAAGUAUAUUAUUUAUUUGAGAAAAUAGAAAAGUCAGAAUUUAACAUAAGUUCUUUCAGAAUUAUUAUUUUUAGUCGAAGAUGAAAACCAGUUAACAUAUGCUUGCUGGGGAUUGAAUUAUUUAAUUGAUAAUGAUGAUAAUCAAUAAGAUUUUUUCAAUUCAACCAACAGUUAUUCAAAAAUUAACUCUAUUACUAAAUUCACAAAAUGA